GUGUGUUGGCUUUCUCUCUUUCAUGAUGCUAUCCGCCUCUGGCCGAGCCACCAGGGCCUUCGUACUCGUCAAAUGUCCAACAGCUCUAAAAUUCCCUGUUUGGAGCAGAACCCACUUUGACCCCCGACGAAGAAAAUCGCGUUCAACGUUCUCUUCUGCUGCUCGUUCUCGCAUGGGAGAUGUAACUGAAGGGGCUAUCACAUUGCAGGAGUGGCAGGGAUGGGGCACCACUUCCCCUUUGCCCUCCAUGGUUAUGGAGAUCGUUGGGGAUUUGAAGGCUUUAGAGAAAGAAGUUGACGCCAACAUGAGCUUUGGUGGUGUUGGUGGGAAACUUCAGGGAAAUAUUGGAACUCAAGAAGAUAAGAAACAUCGAGCGACCUAUCAAGCACUAGGUGAUUCGGAAAAAAAGCUUCAAUUCUACGCAGCUCGACAAAUAGCAUGUCGCUUGCUUGGAAGCAGGGGUUACCUAUGUCAGAAGUGCUGGCUUCCUAUGGAGGAUUGUAUGUGUUCAAAAGUCACAUCUCGUUCUUUGUGGCCUGGAAUAAGAUUUUGGUUGUAUAUGCAUCCAAAGGAUUUCUUGCGACAAAACAACACUGGAAAGAUAUUGUGGCAAGUCUUUGGCGUUGAAGCAGCAACUUUGUGCCUUUUUGGUAUUCCUGAACAUGAAGAAAUCAUGUGGAAUUCAUUGAAACUGGCAGGAAAAGACAAUGUUUGGUGCCUCUAUCCCAACAAGAGUGCAGUAGUAAAAUCAGUUCAAGAUGCAUUUCGUCAGGAACUAAAUGGAAAUUAUGAAGUCACACUUGCAAAGACAAAAGAUAAAACUCUGAAUUUCAUUUUAAUUGAUGGCACAUGGAGCAAUUCAGCAGCAAUGUUCAGGCGUCUCCAGGACCGAGCAAAGUCUAUAUGGGGAGAUGACGACCUUCCUUGUAUAUCCUUGACUCCGGGUGCUUCUUCCAUGCAUAAACUUCGGCCCCAACCAUCCUGGGAUCGUACCUGCACUGCAGGUGCUGCUGCUGGCCUUCUCUCUGAGCUUCAAUCUCUUCCACAGUUUAACUCUAUUGGAUUGGAUAAACAGGCUGGAGCAGUGGAAGAUACUUUAACAGUCCUGUUAGAAGCCCUAACAACGCGUCGCCUUCGCAUGGGCAGGUCCAUAACCCGGAAAGUAAGACAUACCAGUAACAUUAGAUAAAAGAUCUAACCAGGUUUCUCUACCAACUUGGGCAACAUGCCCUCUUGCAAUUUUGGAAAUGAGGAAAUUGUUAAUCAUGUACAUGUAGGAACAAGGAAGGGACAUGUUGGAAGUGGUGGUUAAUGAAUGUUAUGAAUGACAGGAAUCUUCCAGUUUUUCCAUAUCUAAA